CCAUGUAAAUAAAAGAUGAACAUUUGUACUAUUGGCACCAGCUGUUGAUAACGUGACUCUUUGAAAUCCACGGAGAAAAUAUAUUUUUAUUGAUAAUCCUUGGUCCUUGUACUCCUUGUGGAUGAUUAUUUGACUGCAGAACCUAACCGCAGUUACGAAUUACGAUCGGAGCCGCAGUGUAAAAGUGGUGUAUCAUUUUAAUGAAAAUCAGCAAGCAGCAUCUGUGAUAGCUGGUAUCUGGCGUAAAUCACACUGCUGUUUGCAGUUGGAUGUGAAAUCAGGAAAUUGUUUGAAAGUUAGGUGAAUAGGCGUAUUUUUCUGAGCGAGAGAAAAAAUUAAUAAUGUCUUUGGCGGAUGAAUUGUUAGCAGAUCUUGAAGACCAUGAUGGAUUUGAUGAUCAGUAUAUGGAAAAUAGGUUACCUGAAACAUCUGCCGCUCCUGUGUCAUCUUAUCUGCCAAUGGAAGUUGACAUUAAAAUCACAUCAAUUCGUCAAAUUGCCAAGUUACAUGAUUCUGAGAGACUGAAAAUUAUUAUUAACCAAAUUGAAAAAUGCAGCACAAAAACUCGCCAAGCAGAUGACAUAAUUGGUCCUGUUGAGUCAGAUCCAGAAUAUCAACUUAUUGUAGAAGCUAAUAAUUUAGCCGUAGAUAUUGAUAAUGAAAUAGGUGUUAUUCAUCGAUUUGUGAGGGACAAGUAUUCUAAGCGUUUUCCUGAACUGGAGUCACUUGUAGUUGGACCAUUGGAAUAUGUCAUGACAGUAAAAGAGCUUGGUAAUGACUUGGAUAAAGCCAAAAAUAAUGAAGCACUGCAGCAAAUUCUUACUCAGGCUACCAUUAUGGUUGUGUCUGUCACUGCUUCAACCACACAAGGACAAUUAUUAACAGAAACGGAAAAAGAAGAUAUUUAUGAAGCCUGUGACAUGGCUGUAGAGUUGAACAACUUCAAACAAAAAAUUUAUGAGUAUGUGGAGAGUAGAAUGGCUUUUAUUGCACCCAAUUUAUCUAUUAUUGUUGGUGCUUCUACAGCUGCAAAAAUAAUGGGUGUUGCUGGAGGUUUAACAAAACUUUCAAAGAUGCCAGCUUCCAGUAUUUUAGUUUUGGGUUCUCAAAAGAAGACCUUAUCAGGGUUUUCACAGGCAACAAUGUUACCGCAUACUGGAUUUAUAUACUAUUCUGAAAUAGUACAAGACACUCCUCCAGAUUUGCGAAGGAAAGCAGCUCGGCUAGUUGCCACAAAAUGUACUUUAGCUGCAAGAGUGGAUGCAUGUCAUGUAAGUGUUGAUGGGCACAUUGGUCAAAAUCUUCGAGAAGAAAUAGAAAAGAAAUUGGAUAAAUUACAGGAGCCUCCACCUGUCAAAUUUGUUAAACCUUUACCAAAACCAAUUGAUGCAAGUCGUAAGAAACGUGGAGGAAAAAGAGUUCGUAAAAUGAAGGAGAGAUAUGCAAUGACUGAAUUUAGAAAACAAGCCAACAGACUGAACUUUGCAGAUAUUGAAGAUGAUGCAUAUCAGGAAGAUCUUGGUUACACAAGAGGAACUAUAGGGAAGGCUGGUACAGGACGAAUCAGAUUGCCCCAGAUUGAUGAAAAGACUAAAGUUCGUAUAUCAAAGACUCUUCAGAAAAAUUUACAAAAACAGCAACAAGUAUGGGGAGGAAGUACCACCGUCAGGAAACAAGUAUCUGGCACUGCAUCCAGUGUAGCAUUCACUCCUUUGCAGGGUCUUGAAAUUGUAAAUCCACAAGCUGCUGAAAAGAAAGUUAAUGAAGCUAAUGCAAAAUAUUUUUCAAACACAUCAGGGUUCUUAAAAGUACAAAAGACCUGAUUUGUUGGUGAAGUUAAAUGGUAACUUUGCCAUUGCAACUAGAUGUAUUUUUGUAUUUGUGUUCUUGUUUAUUGAAUGUACUUAGUGGAGAGUAAUAAUUAAAUUUAUUUUAUUUUCAAUCCUGAAGUUCUUACUAAUAAAUCAAAAUAAAAUCUUUAUUAUUGGAUGUUCAUAAAUAUUGAUUAAGUUUGUAUAAUUGAAGUGUUAUUGGAAAUUAAGUGAUAAGUAUAUAUUUCUGUUUGUUUUCUAGUUUUAUUCUUAUCAUGCUUCUCCAUCAAGCUGUGAAAUAUUGUGUUGGUUAAAUCAGUGUUAAACAGAAGUAGCCUAUCUGCAAAAUGGAAUUUUUUGUCAUGGUACAUCUAUCUUCUUAAGAUGCAUUUGGUACUCCAGUAAACGCUCAAAUAACGAA